AUGGCAGGACCCCUUCCGGACCAGCCCCUCUUUCCCUUCGUGGACCUCGGCCGCGGAAAGUUUGCGGUGUCCCUGGAGGUCGGGGCGGAGCCGCCGCCCCCGGGGCUGCUGGGGGGCUUCAGCCGGCGCCUCUGCAGCCCGCUGGUGACGCUGGACAAGCUGCGGGCGCGGCGCACAGGCGUCUCCGCGAAGGGCGCCGGCUUGGGCUGCGUGUGUUUUGGGGAUGGGCCGCUGCCCACGUUCCCCGAGGGUCGGUACUUCGAAGUUUGCGUGGAGGAGGUGGCCGCGGCCUUCGCGGACGGGCUGACGCUGGGGGUCUGCGCCGCGCUGCCGGAGGACCGGCCGCCGGAGCCCUACGCCACCUGCGAGGAGGUACCCCAGUCCUUCUGCUACGGCUUCGAUGGAAUGGCCCACCGCUACGACUGGGAAGAUCUGACGCCCAUCGACUGGUCCCCGGUGAACUUGGAGCUGGGGGACGCCGUGGGGGUGCUGGUGACCCCGGAGGGCGUGCUGCAGCUGGUCGUGAACGGCAUGCUGGAGGCCGAGAGCCUGCAGGGCCUGCCCCAAGCCGAGCUCUUCCCACUGGUGGAGCUCAUGGGCAACACCGUGGCAGUGUCCCUCCGCCUGGGGGCCGCGCCGCCGGAGAUUCAGCGUCGGCCCAAGCCGGAGGCUCCGGAGCCCGACCCCCCGGCCCCGGAGAUAGCGCCGGCCCCGGCCCCGACGCCAGCGCCCGAAGCGCCGGCGGCGCCGGCGCCGGUUGCGAAGGCGCCGGCGAAGCUCUCAGCUGCCAAGCCGGCGCCCGCGCCCGUGCCCAAGUCCACGUCGCCGGCGUUCUACGCGCCGCUGCUCAGCAAACAGGUGCAGCUCUCGAAGGACGGGAACUCGGUGCGCCACAAGGACGACUCGGGGGAGGAGGUCUUCGGCGUUUGCAUUGGCAACAGCCCUUUGGUGCCCUCUGCCGGCGGCCGCUACUUCGAAGUGCGUGUGGACAAGGUUCGGGAGGGCGCGGGGGAUGGCCUGGCGCUGGGCUUCACCCUAGUGCCGCCCGAGGAGCUCGCAGGGGAGGAGCCCCACGAGACCUCGGACACUCUCCCAGAGUCCUGGACCGCAGGCUACGACGGCUUCUACCGCUCCAUGCACCGGGCGGAUGAGCGGGUGAAGUGGGACCCUGCCUCGCUGCAGGUCCACGACCGCGUUGGGGCGCUCCUCUCUCGCGCUGGGCAAUUCAUCAUCCUGGUCAACGGCAAGGUGGUGGCCCGUGUAUCCGACGACUUUCCCCUGGCGGACGUGGAGGCCUUCUAUGCCGUGGUGGACCUGCUGGGCCGCGUGUGCCAGGUGACCAUGGUCCGCGACGCCCAGCCGCCGGCGGUGGCCACGGAAGGCGCCGUCUUCAGCGGCUUCGACCCCAAGCUGGUGGGCCAGGCGGUGGGCCUCGAUGGGCCUCGGCUGCUGGCCACCAGCCGCGACCCCGUGGGCAAUGCGCUGGGGGGCGUCCUCUUCGGGGACGGACCGCUGCCCUGCACUGGUCCAGACGGCGAGGCCUACUUCGAGGUGGUGGUUGAGGAGGUGCGGCAAGGCAACGACGACGGCCUGGUGCUGGGCGUUGCCUCCCAGCGGCCUAGGGCCAUGGAGGGCAUCCUGAUGGCCUGCGACGUCAAGGAGGCGUGGAGCAUCGGCUACAACGGCUGCGCCUUCUGCCCGGACCUGGAGGACGAGCUGCCGGUGAAGUGGAGCCCCGUGGGUCUCAAGCAGGGCGACCGAGCGGGGCUCCUCAUCAAAGGGGACGGCACACUGGUGGUGCUGGUGAACGGCCAGCCAGUCUGCAAGGGUCCCAAGCAGGCGCCGGUGCUGGACGUGCCUCUCUACCCAGUGGUGGAUCUCCUGGGCAACUGCAAGGCGGCGCGGCUCACGGCGCCGAGCCCGGAGCUGGUGAGGCAGGCGGUGCUGAACUGCGCCAAGGUGGUGAAGCGAAGUUUGCUGAGCAACAGCAGCGGCAAGAGCCAGCGGGGCGGCGACCCCGCCUUCUUCGACGCCUGGUGA